UGGGGCUUCCAGAAGAGCCGCUACCCGCUGCGACACACGUUCGACUUCCGGAGCGGCAUGGCCGUGGCCCGGUCCCUGCCGGGCUCGGUGGCCCUCCAGGGGGACCGGAGGCAGCACGGUGCCAGGGACGAGGUGGCCGACGAGCACGUGCACCGGAGGAGGAGGCCCGUCAGCAAGCUCACCUUCCUGCCAAACUUCGCCGUCAACGACAAAAAGGUGCUGCACUUCCAGGGUUUCUUCACCGAAGAGAUCGAAUACUCCCCGCUGGAAGAGUACCGCGUCCGCCCCGUGGACAUCUUCUACUUCCUCGAAGACGACAGCCUCUGCGUCCGGGAACCCAAGCAGGAGAACAGCGGACUCAACCAGGGUUGCAUAGUGCGAAGACACAAAAUCCGCAAGCCAGACGGGAAACACUUCCACUGGAGCGACCUCAACAUUGGCGAAAGGAUUUCUAUCUAUGGCAUCACGUACAAGAUCGUCAACUGCGACAAGUUUACAAGGGACUACCUUCGAGACCAGGGCAUUGCGGUGGGGUCCCCCGAGCCUCUGCCCCAGGAUCCGUACACGGCGGGCCGCGGCACGUACCAGCAGCGCAAGCUGCACACGACCAAGACAAAUAGGGACAAGCUGUGGAAGUUCCUCAAGUACGACCGCCAGGUCCUCCGCUUCUUCUGCGUCGAAGACGGUCUUCUAGUCAGUCCUCACUCUCGGAAGAAGCUCGUGCUCCAGUACUUCUUGGUGGACGACACUCUGGACCUGAGGGAGAUGCACCGACCCAUGGAAACCAGAGACUUGGCGCCAAUCCUGCUGGGACGGCAGAGGGUGCCGCGUGUGCAGGAACACAAAGGCCUGUUCUACCAGUACGAACACGAAAGGAACCAGGACGACUACAUCGGUCCCGAAGACCUGGAGCCAGGAAAGCGACUGGACAUCUACGGCCGCAGCUUCCUCAUCUACGACUGCGACGACUUCACCAAGAACUUUUACCGCGAGACGCUCGGCGUGACGCACUUCAACGUCGUUGACGUCGACGUUAGAGAAGAAGAAAGGCCCAAGCAGCGCAUUCCCCCGUACAACGGCUUCGGUUCUCCGGAAGACACGCUCCAGUCGGUGCUGAGGAUCACCCCCCGGAGGAUGCGCAAGGACAGCCGGCAGAGUCUGGAGAACGAGGGCAUCGUGCUCCGCUUCCAAGCAGCCCUGGACUCGGACCUUGCUCUGGACAAGGAACGCAGUUUCAUCGUCUGCUUCUACCCGUCCGACGACACGAUCGGCAUUCAGGAGAAGCCGCUUCCCAACUCGGGCGUUCCCGGCGGCAAGUUCCUGCGCAGAAUGCGGCUACAGAAACCAGCCGCGCCACUCCUCGGCGGCGGCGAUCCGCAGUACUACGGGCUUGAGGACCUCGGUCUCGGAAGCAUCGUGCAAGCAGCAGGGCGACGCUUCCGCAUCGUCAAGGCUGAUCAGUUCACGAUCAACUAUCUGAAGCGACACCCGGACAAGCUCGCUGGAGGAGGACCUGCUGCUCCAAUCAGCAACGGAAACCUCAGCGCAAGCGGGGGUUCCUCCGCCGGAUCAACGGGGCCCUGAGGUGAACU